AUGACAAACUUGAAGGAGUUUAUCGACCAGUUUGACAAUGCGCUGAGGAAGAAAAUUGAGAAUAAAAACAAUGCAGACUUCCACACAUUUAGCGUCACCAUUCCCUGUAUAUCUAGAUCUCCAAUUGAAAAGAGAUUUCAAGAGUUGUACACGAAUUCUAAAUUUAGGGAAGUCCAGCAGCAAGUAAUUGGUGUGCUCGAUAUGGAUCCAUGUCUACUCAGUGAGGAUGGUGUAAUGAAAACAUAUCUGGUGGAAGAUGAAGUUCGUGUUGAAGAGUUCACUAAGCUUGUGUGCUAUACAGUUAACUUCAAUGUGGAAGACUGCGAUGGAAAGUGUUCAUGUGGGUUAUUCGAGAUGAGGGGGAUACUGUGUAGACAUAUUUUAGCCAUCUUCAAAGCUAACGGUAUAAAGUUAUUGCCAGACCGGUACAUUUUAGAUCGAUGGAGAAAGGAUAUCAAGAGGAGAUACACGUUAAUCUACAGUAGCUAUGAUGCUAGGGAUCAGAGGCCAGAUGGUUCGAAUGCUGGUUUUACGACACUGGACACAAAUGCUGGUGGUAGUUCAAAACCCGUACUAAGUCCAAAUGUUGUGCGAGGGAAAGGAAGACCUCCAUCUCUGAAGAGAGCAUCCAGGAUGGAGAAAGACAUGCAGAAGGUUAAAGCCAAGCAGAAAAAAGCACCAGUCAAAGGGAAACUACUAGUGCAUUUGGGUUGUCUGUCUGUGUGCGGUGCAGAUCCUGAUGGUAUUAUCUUUGAUCUAGUUUGUUUAGUUGAAGAGUUUGGAAAUUGA